AUGUCUGACGCGGAUGACAUACAAAUUUUUGUGAAUGUCGCUCAUAGUGUGUGGAUUACUCGUAUUUGCCAGUUGUCUCCUUGUAUCAUCUUCGCUUAUGAUUACUUGCUCACGCUCGAUCGAGAGGUUGAAUUCAUAUGGAAUGCGUUUGAACGACAAUCAGGCGAGAUUUGGUGGCGGUACAAUUCUCAUGUGGUCGCAAUUUAUCUCGGGCUCGAAUCGCCGCUGACUGACUUUCUACUCACCAGCAUCUAUGAGCGAAAAUACUUCUACAAAGGUGAAUUCUUCCUAACAUUUCAAGGGUGGGCCAGUUUUGGUGUCCUUUGGGCAGUUCAGCUCAUAUUGCAACUCCGACUGUACGCUCUGUACAGUCGAUCUCAAAAAAUUCUAAUUGCAAUGGCGAUCGGUUUUGCGAUGGAGGUAAUACUCAUGUCCUACUUUUUAGCGAUAGGCACGGCAGAGAAUAUCAUUACAAAUGAGCCACUGCCGGGCAUCAGAUUCUGUGCCGUCGCGCAAUCAUCACCUGUGGUUGCGGACGUAUGGCUGCCCGAUAUUGUUUUCGGAGCAUUUCUGUUCCUGCUUGCAGCCUGGAUUGGUUUCAAGAACGGGAGAUUCGACUUCAACAUCUACCACAUGGAAAGAAAAACCCUUACAGACGCUCUUGUGUACGGCAACGUCCAUUACUUUUUAUGCAUACUCAUCGCAAACACUGUGAACGCGGGAAUUUGGCAAGGGUUAGGGUAUAGCUGGUUUGAAGUUCCAGAGGGGUUCGCGGCUGUCAUUGAAGUCAUCCUUGGAUGUCGGAUGGUGCUGGACCUUAGAUCAGCAGCUGAAGGCUUGCAUAUAGUGGACUCAUUCCGACUCGGAGAGAUUCUUGGUGCUAGGGAUCUAGAGGGUCAACACCAACUCACCCAAGAAAUUGAGGCAGCGUCUCCAACUAGUUCUAGGGAAAGCUCUCGCGCUCUCUCCGAGGGAGGAAACAAGACACGUGUCUGA